AUGCAGUUGACUGACAAGGCCGGCAUCAAAGUGGUGGGUGCAUUGAGAGGGAGGGUCAGGGGCCUGGGGCCACUCCUACCCCAGGAUCCCUGCCCGAGUCCACAGGCUUGGACGUCCGGAAUGGGGGUGUCAGGACUGGCCCGAUUGUACAAAGCAGGCGCCCUCGGCUCUGCGAGAUUGAGAUCAAGCCGUGGCUCGGACCUGGAAGAGUCGCCCUUCGCGGGCCCUCCCUCGGGCGCUACCUUUCGCGGGCCCACGGCCCAGUACUCGGCGAUCCGGAAGAGGGCGGCCCUCCCGCCCUCCUUCCCGCCCUCGUCCUCGAUGCCCCCGGCAGGGCGCGCAGCGCUCCGCGGCCCACAGGCUCCGCGCCAUCGACCGGGCCUCGGGGACCCGGGCGCACCGCCCCUCCACCCCUCGCUCUUCGCUUUUAAUUGA